CGGGAGCAGCUCCGCGCUGGGCAGCAUCCUGGGCAUCCCUGCCGAGAAGCCGCCGGGCGCCCUGGGCGAGCACCCGCCACCCGUUGCCACCUGCAGAGAGGAACAAGACCGUCUCUUACGGGAUAAGCCGGACCAGCCCCAGAACCCCAAGGUUUUAAGAAUUGCCAUCAUUGGAGCGCCAAACGCGGGGAAGUCCACGCUGUCUAAUCAGCUCUUGGGUAGAAAGGUUUUCCCUGUCUCUAGGAAAGUGCACACAACCCGAUGCAAAGCCCGGGGUGUUGUCACCUAUGAGGACACGCAGCUGAUCAUUCUGGACACACCUGGCCUCACUAAUCCCUUUAAAGCCAAAAGACAUAAAUUAGAGGAAGUCAUGCUGACAGACCCAUGGGACAGCAUGAAACAUGCGGAUUUAGUUCUGGUUUUGGUGGACGUGUCGGAUCACUGGACACGAAACUCUCUGAGCAAGGAGGUGCUGAAGUGUCUUUCUCAGUUUCCCCACAUCCCCAGUGUCCUGGUUCUGAACAAGGUGGAUCUGCUAAAGAAGAAGUUCAUCCUGCUGCAACUAGUAACUGAGCUAACAGAGGGAAUUGUAAAUGGAAAGAAACUGGAAGAGAGAUCUGCCUUUAGACAUAAUUCCAGUUCUUCAGCAAAGGCUCUUCAUCACGUCACUGAGGCUUCUCCGCCCGAGAGCAGCGUGCAUGAGCCUCACUGUCUGCAGGAAACGGAUCGAGCCGGAGACGGCUCUUGCUUGGGCAACAGCAGUGACAGGAGGGCUUCCCAGUCCAGUCUUGUCACGGAAGAAGCACAAGGGCCAAAGUGCUGUGGACCCAGAGAUGUUAAAAAUAUGAAAGGUUGGCCGUGCUUCCAGGAGAUCUUCAUGCUGGCAGCUCUCCAUGGGGAGGAGGUGGAGACGCUCAAGCGGUACCUCCUGAUGCAAGCCAAGCCAGGCCCGUGGGAGUUCCACAGCGGGGUCUUGACCUGCCAGUCACCUCAGGAGAUCUGUGAUAACAUCAUCAGGGAGAAGAUACUGGAGUACCUGCCACUGGAAGUGCCCUACGGCGUGGUUCAGGUGACGGAGAUGUGGGAGGAAGGACCAAGCGGGGAGCUCCUCAUCAUGCAGAACCUCGUGGUCCCAAGAAAGUCUCAUAUGAUGAUGUUGAUUGGAAGAAGAGGGAAAGUUAUCAGCAGGAUUGCUCAGGAGGCUGGCCAGGACCUGAUGAACGUUUUCCUGUGUGAUGUCCGCUUGAAACUCAAGGUGGAGGUGAAGAGUUGA